CCGUCCAAUUUCAACUGCUCAACGGACAGACCACUCCGGGUACUCUACGCAGCGCCAUCAACGUUCCAGACGCCAAUCUCACGAUGAGUUUGUUGAUAACGAGGCUGACCUGUCACUUGCAACGGUGCACAGCAAAGUGUCCAUCGACAACAGAAGAAAGGAAGAACGACUCCAUAAUCAAACGGGUGCUCAGCUGCCAGGCCUCCGCGGGCCACUUCCGGCAAGGGAAAAUCUGGGGAUUCGCUGUCACCCAUCAGCGCCUCGCCCAGCACGUGGGGGCGGCCUCACGGUCUGUGGGGGGGUUUUGAUGAUUCAGCUGCUGCUGCUUUUGGGAGCAUCUCGCGACCACAGUUGGUGGGUGAGGGGGGCAAAGUGGGCGCCGUCGUGAU